UUUGGUUUAAUCGUUUUGCGCUGAAGUGUUGGCGGCUUCACGCUCGUCUAAGGUCGUCUUCAGGUUCGGAGCGAUGGUUCUCCCGAGGGGCACCCGAGCUCCUGUUCAGAGGUCGGAGACGGGAUCAGUGGCCAAGGUCGUUCAUGUCGUCCGCCACGGGGAGGCAGAGCACAACGUCAGCGACGCGUUCUCCUCCAAGCGCAACACCCAGCUGACGGCCAAAGGCAGGCGUCAGGCGAGAUCCCUGCGGUGCAACCUCAAGAGGCUGAAGCCCCAGGCGGUCAUCACCUCUCCGCUUCUCCGAGCGCUGCAGACAGCGAGGGCGAUGUCCCCGAGCACUCCAACAGUUGUAGUGCCAGAUGCGCGGGAGCGCAUCCUGCGCAGGACGCACCUCUGCGACCUGCCCGUGGAUCCCAAACGGUUCCGGCAGUCCAAGCAGUUCGGGGGCAUGGACUGGUCGUUGGCAAGUGGCGUGGGCACCCGCGGGUACCAGAAGGACAUCAUGGA